CUGGAGCGUGGACUGCGAGGCCUCAGCGAUGGGCCUUCGUCGUUUCUGCAUUAGUGGAUAGGUCCGAUCACUCGUUCAAGUAUGGCAGCACAAUCAGGCCUCCACGCAGCUGCAAAGGAUGGUCGACAGGAUCGCAUCACAGCCGCAUUGAGCAAUGGUGAGGACCCGUCGUCUCUUGACCAUGCCGCAUGGACAGCUGCAGAGUACGCAGCCUAUUAUGGCCAUGUUGGGCGCUUAGACGAGCUGCAGCCGCCGAACCUGCAGGACAACGCCGCUGAACUCGCUUUCUGUGAAGGCGAUGAUGUGAACUGGCUGAGCGGCUACGAGAACAAGUCACCCAUUGACAGUAACGUCAUCAUCGUCAACUUCGGGCCCCUCGACAGCGUCAACGAUGAGCGUGUGGUUGAGGUCAGCUCUUUGGACGAUCCGCUUACGCUGGAAGUUGAUAUCAAAGGAGGCAGUGGUGAUAAGUAUACCUUACACCUUCCAGCGACGAGAGCUACGAUCUACCAACCAUGUAUCUUUCGAACUUCGGACGUGAGCGAGGCGAAGCUCCUCUUCAGGCUUCAUCGGCAAGGCGGCUCGGCGGACAACAUCAUCAGUUCCGGCAUUGCAUUAGUCGAAAGCCUGAAUCAGCCUGACCUCGAAGAUGUUCGUCGAUAUCAUAGGGUCCCGUUACAAGCCACGCAUGGAGACUUGAGUUUUGCCGGCCAUGUGAACUUCUACCUGCAGGUGAUCAAGCCAUACGCAGGCGCAACGGAAGCGCCAACCAACAAGCCCGCAGGCAUGGACUUUAGGAACCGCAUAGGAGGGCACCGAGGUUUGGGACAGAACAAACAAGGGUGGAAGUUCUUACAGAUGGGAGAGAACACCAUCGAAUCCUUCAAAAUGGCUCACCAACUAGGAGCCGGAUUCGUGGAGUUCGAUGUCCAAGUCACCAAGGAUCUGAUACCUGUAAUCUAUCACGACUUUUUGCUCAGCGAGACAGGUACUGACGCUCCAAUCCAUACCGUCUCUUACGAACAGUUCAUGGCGGCUAGCAAGCUGCAAUUCUCGCCCGCCCGACGCGACCGGAGAGUAGCCGAUGACAGUACCCUUGCCCAACCGCAAAUGGCAGACUUCAGUGCCCGUAUGGGGCACACGCUCGAGUACAAAGCCAAAGGCUUCAAGCCAAACACUCGUGGAGUCUUCAUUCAAGACUCCUUCACCACGUUCAAGGAGACUCUCUCGCAGGUUCCCUCGGACGUCCCGUUCGACAUCGAGAUGAAGUAUCCCAUGCCCUUUGAAUGCCGCGAUCACAAUAUGAGCACUACUUGGCUCGAGCUUAACGUCUUCAUCGACACUGUUUUGAGCACAAUCUUCGCCCACGCCGGCAAGCGACGGAUCAUGUUCUCAUCCUUCAGUCCCGAACUCUGCAUCGCCUUGUCACACAAGCAGAACCACUACCCUGUCUUUUUUCUGAGCGACGUAAAGGCUGCUCCUGGAGUUGAUGAUCCAAGGGCAAGCAGUCUGCGGGAUGCCGUGCACUUUGCGAGGCGGUGGGCUCUACCGGGCAUUGUGGUGGAGUCGAGCCCUCUUAUCGACUGUCCAAGGUUGGUCAAGUAUGUGCAUGGGUUCGGGCUGCAGUGCGCCACGUAUGGUGGGAGGAAUAACGAGCCACAAUGCACGCAGGUACGUGACCGCACAUAGCCUGAACGACGAUGCUUGGACGGCUGACAUGUUGUGUCCAGAUCCAACUUGAUGCAGGGCUCGACGGCGUGUGCGUGGACCGAGUGCACCUCAUCGCGAAGCACUGUAAG